AUGCGGGCAAUUGCUAUAAAUAUGGAGCCAUUGAAAGAAAUCAAAUGCCAUAAAUGUCGACAUGUGCUGUUAUAUGGAUUCGAUUACAGCGUAAACAAUUGCCCUCAAAAAUGUAAUAGCUAUAAUGUGCAUAAUUUUAUCUUCCUAGACGAUAAUAAAAUACCAGAAUGGAUAAAAUUUAAAAUUGAAGAAGAAAAUUGGACCAAAGGCAAAUUACAUUGUUAUAACUGUGGAUUCAAAGUCGGCUCCUUUGAUUUUGUAUCGGGUAGAAAAUGUGAAUGUGGAUCUACAGUUCUGCCAUCAGUUCACUUUAUUACCAGUCAAGUUGAUAAACCUGUUGAAUUGUGUCUGUUCAACAAAGUAACAGAAAAAUAA